AUGCACUAUCUUGAUUUGCGCCGUCGGAAACUGAUGAACUGCACGCAUGCCAGAUCAGGGCGUGACCCCGCCAAUUUAAGUCCACCGCCCAAUCGCCACCCAGUCAUUCUUACUUGUUCGAAAGGUCAGUUAACGCAUGUACUGGAAGUCACUCCAACCCUUAACCGCUUCAACCUAACAUUCUGGACUGGAUUUGAUUCCCUUCUUCAGUGCGCCUCAACCUCUGAUUUCAUGCGAUUUUACUCUUCAAGUGGGAAAAAUCCACUUCGUGCUCCAACUACCACAGAGCUAUCCGUUCUGCAGGAACUCUACCGGGAAGCAUAA